GUUUUUGAGUUUUAAUCACUUUAAUUUCUUUUUUUAGAAAUUAUUGAAUUAAGAAUUAUUAAAUUGGAUUAUUACAGUAGAUUUUUCUUAAUUAAUAGUGAUGGAAUGUUUGUUUGGUACAAAAACAUUAUAAUUGCCGUAAUAUAUCGCAUAAAUACUUGUACAGUUGUACCUUCUAUGUUCUACCAUUAUUUUAUACAUAAGUUGUUUUUUUUCAUACAUUUUAAAUGGUAAUACUAUUUUUUUUUUCCUUGUUUCUAUUAAAGUCAUUCAAUGAACAUAUUGCUAGAGAUAUAAGAUACUAAAAAAAACAUGGGAAAGUUUAGUUGUGUGAUUGAUUUUUCCAUUUCAAUAUCAAAAAAUCAUUUUUUAUCAAUAUGGAAAAUAUAUCAGAUAUAUUUCAUAUCGGCUAGAAAAAUAAUGAACACCAUAUAUAUCUUUCUUUUUCAAAUACUUAUCAAAUAGAUCACCUUUAUCCUAUUGAUACAUCAUAAAAUCAAUAAACAAUUUUUGCUGAAAUAGACAAUUUUACAUCAUAUUUAAUUGUGCUACUAAUAAUCAUUUCUAGUACGUGUCUAGGUAAAGUUUGAUAGGAGGAAAACUAAAUAUAUCAAAUAACAAAGAUCGUUUUCAAUUUAAUAAAUUAAUAACAAAGAUGUCCAUUUCCUUGACCAGUGUAUCUAGACAGUUGUCUCUAUUUUUCAACCACUAAUAAAAUUUAUAAAUAAAAACAAAAAAAAAUAAAAGAAAAAAAAUAUUGUAUUUAUCAAACAUAGGAACCUUUGAUUACAGAUCAUUAUUAUGCACAAAAAGCAGAACAUCUUCUGCUAACAAAAUCUUUAGCCAAAGAUUAAAAUUAAUAUCAAUUAUCAAUAUCCAAUUUUUAUUGUACAAUUUGUCAAAAAUUUUAACUUCAUAAAAAAAGGCUCAAAUAUUUCUUGCAAAGUUUGACAAUGAAUGAACCAUUUCUCCCUCAAGAUGUAAGGGUGUCUCAAGAAACAAGCUCGCCUCGAGCCAGGCAACCAUUCCCAUCGGCCUACAUUGAUCGUGGUUCACCAAGAUCGUCGCAAUCUCUAAGAUCACUUCUUCUUUUCAAUGAUGCAACCCACCCCCUCCUCGCAGCACCACGAGUUAACUCCAUCAGAAGAAAAUUAUUAGAUCGUCAAUCCACAGCUAGACUUCUGAAGGAUGACAGCACAUUUCCGUGUCCUCCGCCUAUUACAAGUCCCUUAGACAAAGAUCUUAUUAUCAACUUCGACAGGUCAUGUUCUGCUCCUCCUCUGUUCACUGAUGAGAAAGGGCUCGUGCCACUCGAGUCCUUCGAUCACAGGCAUCGAACAAAGAAGGCUUCACGUAUACUGCAGCUAGCUUUGGUUGGGUUGAUGUUAUAUAUAUCUGUUGGGGUGACAGUAUUCACGUUAACCCACGACACGUUUAAAGGUCAUAGGACAGAUAAUAAGCUUGUGGAUGCCCUGUAUUUUACAGUAGUAACUUUGUCUACCAUAGGAUAUGGUGACAUAAUACCGGCUUCUAAUUUUACUAAGCUCUUCACAUGUAUAUUCAUUCUAGUCGGGUUUGGGUUUAUCGAUGUUCUGCUGAAUGGUUUGGUCACUUAUGUUCUUGAAUCACAGGAGGAAGUUUUCCUCGACGAUACCAAGUUUAACAAGAUUAUAAGAGACUAUGUGAUUGACAAAAAGAAAGGUAGAAUGAGGAUAAGGAUUAAGGUUUGUUUGGCUUUGGGUGCUGUUUUUGUUUUCCUUACUAUUGGGACGAUUACAGUGCAUGUUUUCGAAAAGUUGAAUUGGGUUGACAGUUUUUAUCUGUCUGUAACAUCUGUUACAACAGUUGGUUAUGGAGAUCAUGCCUUUAAGACUGUAGGAGGGAGAUGCUUCGCGAUUAUCUGGCUACUAGCAAGUACAUUGGCAGUUGCUAAGGCGUUCUUGUAUCUGACUGAGUAUAGGCUCGAGAAGAGGAAUAGAAGGAUGGCGAAAGAUGUACUUAAGAAAAGAAUGACUCUCGGAGAUCUGAUGGAGGCUGAUAUAGACCAUGAUGGAAGUAUCAGUAAAGCUGAGUAUGUUAUAUUCAAGCUUAAAGAGAUGGGAAAAAUAACAGACAGUGACGUAGAAGAGAUCUGCAAAGAAUUUAAUGCUCUAGACUACACCCACAGCCGAAGAAUUGCAAUCACUGAUCUCGCAGGGGGUGACUCAGUAUCAAGCUCUGAAGAUGAACAUGGUGAGGGAAGCCAUGGCAAAACAUGAAAUUGCUUCCUGCUUUUAGGGCCUCGUCUUGCUUUCUCAUUUGGGGUUAAAGCACUAGCAUGCAUUUCCAAUGGCAUAUUGAUUGUGUAAUACAUGAAAUUGUUUCUGGGUGAGGUUUAGCAUCGUGAGUCGUGAGAGAUGAUGAAGGGAUAGUUUCCUGCUCAAGUGAUUUUCACGAUUUUGUCCCAUCAAAAAAGAAAAUCUGUUUGUUAAUAUAUGAUGCAAUACAAUACAAUACUUUCUCCUCAAAACUUCAGACUUCAGGUGCAAUAGCAGAAGUAAAUGCAAAAUGUUGCAGUAAAUUGUGCAUACUUUAAUAAUUACCACUCAAACUUGAGGAUGACGGUC